AUGAAAAUCAUUGGGGCUGUUUACCUCCUGUUUCUCCUCCCUGCAUUAAGCUUCAACAGCAGCUAUGAUGGGCUGGAAAAGAAGCUGAAGGAGGUUUUCAGUGAGAGGACAGGAAUUUUACGACAGCUCUCUAAAACAUCAAAGGAGCUAGACAGCAUAAAGGGUAACCUUCAGUCACUGAAGAACGAUGAUGCUAUUUCUAAGAAGGAUGUACAAAGAAUCCUGGAACUCAGCCACAAGCAGAGGGAGGAGAUGAAGGCUCUUCAGACAGCUUUGCAGAAGCAAUUGGAUGAGGCAGAAGAGAAAGCUGAGAAACAGCAGGCUACGAUAAAGUUCCUGAAAAUGGAAAUGGAAAAAAAGACCAAGAUCAUCAAAGACUUGCAGCAAGAGAAUAAAAGUUUGAAGAAUAAACUUCUUUCUGGAAACAAGUUGUGUGACAUGCAUGCAGAGGAGUCCAAAAAAAUCCAGGCACAACUGAAAGAGCUGAGGUAUGGCAAAAAGGAUUUAAUUUUCAAGGGUCAGCAGCUAAUGGACCUGGAAAACAAGUUAAGAGUAGCCAAAGAAGAACUGGAGAAAGCAGCACUUGACAAGGAGUCACAAUUGAAAGCACUGAAGGACACUGUGCAUAUCUGCUUCUCAUCUGUACUGCAUAGCCAGACAGUUAAUGUACACAGACUUCCUGCUACAGCCACCCACUUGAUGAGGUAUUCUGCUCUGCCCAGCAACUCCAGAGUCACCUUCCAACAGCCGUACGCAAAGGACAUACCCAAAGUGCCCAGAAACGCAAGUAAAUCGCCUGAGGACAAUGUUGAAGCGAGGGGAGAUCCAUCAGGAGUCAAGGACUGUCAAAUGGUCAAGAUUGCAAAUUGUUUCCAGAAUCAAACUGGGAAAACGUCUAUUGAAAUAAAAAAGAUAAGUGGACAUAACCAGACAGAGCAUCUGGACAGCAAGACAAAGAGAUUCCCUGCAGACACCAGUCGUUUUAACAUGCUCCUGCCCAACUCUCCAUUUCCAUACACUAACUAA